CUUCAGUUUCACUAUUAUUAUUCGUACAUGAAAAUGACUCGGUCGAGGGAAGACCCUCUUAGCCUGACGAGGAGAAGUUUGACGAGGCAAGCUCGUUGGACCAUCUCCCUCUCUCAUUCAAGCAGCCAUUCGAGAAAUUAUCAACACGUUCAUUCCUGAUUAAAGAGAGGGGAGGGAAACCCUUCGCUCGAUCAUCAUCGUCUACCGCAGCUCGCGAAUCUUUGCCGACAUGAACGACCUCUUACCCGGCUCCUUCUCUCGCUCCCGCGACGAUGGCUGCGGCGACUUCCACACCAUCGAGCUGAGCUCCGCCGGCAGGGGUGGGGGCGGCGCGGGCAUCAACCUCGACAAGUUCUUCGAGGAUGCCGAGUCGAUCAAGGACGAGCUCAAGGAGCUGGAGGCCCUCCACCAGCGGCUCCAGUCUUCCCACGAGCAGAGCAAGACGCUGCACAACGCGAGGGCCGUGAAGGACCUGAGGUCCCGCAUGGACUCCGACGUGGCCGCCGCCCUGAAGAAGGCGAAGGUGGUGAAGGUGAGGCUCGAGGCCCUCGAGCGGGCCAACGCCGCGAACCGGAACCUCCCUGGGUGCGGGCCGGGGUCGUCGUCGGACCGGACGAGGACGUCGGUGGUGAACGGGCUGAGGAAGAAGUUGAAGGACAGCAUGGAGGGGUUCAGCAAGCUGAGGGAGAAGAUAUCGUCGGAGUACAAGGAGACGGUGAAGCGGAGGUAUUUCACGGUCACCGGAGAGAACCCGGACGAGAGGACGGUGGAUCUUCUGAUCUCUACUGGUGAGAGCGAGACAUUCUUGCAGAAAGCGAUCCAGGAACAAGGCCGUGGCAGGGUCCUCGACACCAUCCAAGAGAUCCAGGAGAGGCACGACGCGGUGAAGGACAUGGAGAGGAACCUCAAGGAGCUGCACCAGGUCUUCCUGGACAUGGCCGUCCUGGUCCAGUCCCAGGGCGACCAGCUGGACGACAUCGAGAGCCAGGUCGCGAGGGCCAACUCGCUCGUGCACCAGGGGGCCGGGCACCUCCAGGAGGCCCGGUGGUACCAGAAGAACUCCCGCAAGUGGACUUGCUUCGGCAUAACCCUCGUGCUGCUCAUCAUCUUGCUGAUCGUGCUCUUCAUCGUGAAGCCUUGGAACUAGCAGCAGUGCCGCCGCGACACGACGGAGAGGACCACGGGCGUUUGGCCGUCUUUUUUCGGAGUCUUGUUUUGAUUGUUCCUAGCGUGGAGACACAUGUGAAUAUGGCGUGGACGUUGCUUUUGGUUCUGAACAUAGUAAUUCUUUAUGUAUUUUCGCUUAGAUCAAUAAAUCUCACUGGUUAGAACA